AAGCAGAAGAAUUAUCUCCAGAAAAACAGAAAAUUUCUUGCACGCUUCUCUGUCAAUCAUGGCGAAGAUUCCGGUAAGGUUUAAAAGAGUUGCGGCGGCGUUCGACGACUUGGCUCGGGCUCGUCUUUGCGACAGCAGCGGUAGCGAGCACUCGGCGGAGAACUCGGCGGAUUUAUCCGAUCUAAUAGACUCGUUUAUGGAGACGGAUGACCGAGUCGAUGGAGAAGAAGAUGAGGAGCAAGCGCAUGAGAAUGAGAAGAGCGGUUUUCAGUCGGACACCGAGACUAAAGACAUAUUGCAAGGCCUGCUAGGGUGCGAUUCGUCGGACGGAGACGAGCAGGUUAAGAGAACGAUCCGUAAGGAAGUGGAACUCGCAUGCCGAGUUCUUGGAACGAGGCCGUCUGAAGGGUUUAAACGUCAGUUGAUGUGUCGAUUGCGGGAGAGAGGUCUCGAUGCAGGUCUCUGCAAAUCCCGGUGGGAGAAAAUCGGCCGUUUCCCGGCGGGGGACUACGAAUACAUCGACGUCAUAUUCGCCGGAACCCGUUACAUUGUCGAAGCGGCCCUCUCCGGAGAAUUCACCAUAGCUCGGCCGACGAAUCGUUACCUGUCUUUGCUCGAGGUCUUUCCACCCAUCUUCGUUGGAGAGCAGGACGAGCUGAAGCAGGUGGUGAAGUUAAUGUGUGCCGCUGCAAAAGAGUCGAUGAAGAGUAAUGAGAUGCACGUCCCACCGUGGAGGAGAAGUAGGUAUAUGCAGGCGAAGUGGUUCGGUUCUUACAAGCGUACGACGAAUGCAGUUCCGGCUAAGAAGGCAUCAAAGACGGGAGACGUUAUGGCCAGAAAACGGUGGACAGGGUUUGAGCCGUCGCCGUCGCCGUCGCCGUCGCCGUCGCCGUUGCCGUUGCCGGAGAUUCGCUAUUAUUGUGGAGGUCAUAUUGCCAAGAAAGCUGAUGGGUUCAAAGCUGGGAACUUGGCAAUGGUGUUGAGUGGCAUGGGUUUGUAAUUGAAUUGUUGAAUUGGGUGUAAAAAUCAAAGCAAAGGGCGGUUUCUUUUUAGUUUCUUUCUUUCUUUCAUCAGAAUUCGGAAGUGGUGAGUGGUGAGAUUUGGUGUGGUUGGUCGUGGCCCUGGCUGAAUGAAUGUAUCAGUGGCUAACGUGUCCUUGAGAGUUGAGGAUUCCUGGUGCUUAUCCAAAGUCGGAUAGAAAGGAAGAAGCUAAGUGACAGAGUGAUGGAUGGCCCACGAUCUCUUUUUAUCAAUACUUUUCUGUAUCGUAGCCCUCCAAUUCCGGUUGUGUCAAAUCUGAUGGAUCUGUCAUUUUAGUUUUUUCUUUCUUAUAAUACAGUAAGUGGCUUGAAUCUUGAGUUGUUGUGUAAU